GAAGCAGCAGUGGUCCCUGCCGGCCAGAAAAACAGUUUAAACUUGAAUGUUUGGUGUUUCCUGGUUUCUGCUGAUUUUUGAGGCCUAGGAAGUCACCCCCAAAAGAAUUCAGAGGACCUGGUAAUGUCUCUUUAUUGUGGAAUAGCUUAUAGAAGAAAAAUUUCACAGGGCUAUAGGUUGCUGUCAACCUACGUAACUAAGGCACGGUAUUUAUUUGAGCUGAAAGAAGAUGAUGGUGCAUGUAAAAAAGCCCAGCAGGCAGGAGCAUUUUACCUCUUUCAUAGCCUGGCUCCUCUACUUCAGACAGCAGAACAUCGAUACCUGGUACCCCGGUUCAGCCUCCUAGAGGUAGAAAGUCUCCUGCAUAAGUUUGGACAGGAUGCACAAAGAAUAGAAGAUUCUGUGCUGAUUGGUUGCUCUGAACAGCAUGAAGCAUGGUUUGCUCUGGAUCUAGGUCUCAAUAGCUCCUUUUCCACACAUGCCUCCUUACCAAAAUCUGAAGUGGAGACAGAGCUCCAGGGAUCUUUCAUUGAGCUGAGGAAGGCUAUCUUUCAGCUGAAUUCAAUGGAUUCCUCUUUGCUGUUCACGGCUCAGGCUCUUCUCCGGUGGCAUGAUGGUCAUCAGUUCUGCAGCAAAAGUGGGCAGCCCACCAGAAAGAAUAUCGCUGGCAGCAAGCGCGUGUGUCCUUCCAAUAACAUCAUCUAUUACCCACAGAUGGCUCCUGUUGUGAUCACUCUGGUGUCAGAUGGGACCCGGUGCCUGCUUGCCCGCCAGAGUUCCUUUCCCAAGGGAAUGUACUCUGCCUUGGCAGGCUUUUGUGACAUAGGUGAGAAUAUGGAAGAGGCUGUCAGGCGGGAAGUUGCAGAAGAGGUGGGACUGGAGGUGGAAAACAUGCAGUUCUCUGCAUCUCAGCACUGGCCCUUUCCUAACAGCUCGCUCAUGAUUGCUUGUCAUGCAACUGUGAAGCCUGGGCAGACAGAGAUCCAGGUGAACUUGAGGGAACUAGAGGCAGCUGCUUGGUUUAGUUAUGAUGAGAUAGCCACAGCACUGAGGAAAAAGGGCACCUAUAUUCAGCAACAGAAUGAGGCUUUCCCAUUCUUGUUGCCCCCCAAGUUAGCCAUUGCCCACCAACUGAUUCAGGAAUGGGUGGAAAAGCAGACAUGUGCUUCCCUGCCUGCUUAGCUCCAACCAUCAAGAUCUCUCCUGGAUAUCACUGAAGAACAUUGGCCACCGAGUCCGGGUAUGGUGACACAUGCCUGUAAUCCCAGUGCCGGGGAGGCUGAAAACAGGGGGAUCACUAUGAGU